AUGGAGUCAGAAAACGCUGCAGUUUACGAAACAGACGACCUGGCGGAGCUUCGCCGGUUGCAGUGGCAUGCAAGGCUUAACCUCCAGCUUGAUCCGAAUCCCCACCCUCUUACAUCUCCAAUGUUUCUCCGAGACUUUCUGGCGUCGAAGUUGCCUGUACUCGACGUACGCAGUGAUUGUGCUAGCCACGAGUUGCUGGAAGUCAGCAAUCAAUCGUAUUACACCGAGCAUCAUAAUUUCCUCUCGCUGACUUGCAACCGUUGCCGGUUUCACUUUCACAUUGCGAACGAUUCUCAGCACGUUCAGAGCUGGGGUCCAGCGCAUCGUCACCACAUGCUCGUCUCUUGCGACGAAAAUACUACGAAUGGUACCCAAGUCAGAAUUAAAAAGAGCAGUUACGACGACGCUACCAGCCAUGCUCGAUUCAUCUGUGUGGCUGGAGACUGCCUAUUCAACGUGAAGAUCGAUGUUGUACCCUGGAGACUCUCCCCGACGGAUGUAGCAAAGUUUUCCGAUAAGAGUAGAGUUGAUGAGAACCUCAAGCUUGCUCUGGUUGAAGAUUCGGUUCGAUAUUCAAGCCUCGUCAAUUCGCAGAAUCUCAAGUCUGAGAGCAUCCUGCGGCAUUAUCUCACAGAUGCCCUCAAUAUCUCCGAUAAUGUCCCAUUACGAGUUAACAAGCGUAACAAGCGAUUCUACGUAAGUAUGCGCAGCGACUUUGACGGUUUAUUGAGGUUCCUUGGCUUUUACGAAGGGAUUGAUCCCGAAACUAGUGAGGCAUGUUGGUACAUUCCUCCGCCAGAAGGAGAACAGAAACCAACCCGAGUUCGAACUUUAAGAGCUCGUAUGGAAGAUGCCUUAAUGGAGAUUGAUAUAUUGUUCGCUAGUGGCAACACAGUUAAUGCCUGGGACAAGCUUUUGGGUACAUUCCAGGCAGAUUAUCCUAGGGCUGACAUUCCAGACCUCGUUUUCGAGUCCAGAGUUUCGCUGGACGAUUUAAACCUCUUGGGCUGUUUACCUCACUACCCCCCUGAGUUUUUCAGCUGGGCGGCAAUUCUCUUGGCUAACCGCCGUCCGAGAAACCGUAACGAGUAUCUGGAUGCUGGUCUGCGCUGCAUCGAGGAUCGCAGUUAUGAUGCCUCUCUGGAAAUCAUCAUGGACAAGUCUCGCUUUGAUAAUGCGACUCCAAUGGACAUAAAGGUGGAAGAGGCUUAUGCAUUCUUUAAUGCAUCCUCUAAUGGUGGCAUAACAUCAGACUGGUUCUUGACUAGAUACUACGAAAUGGCCAGGUCUGGCGCGUCUGACGAGUUCAAAGCACAAGCCCUGCAGCAACUCGAAGCGAUCGGUAAUCACCUAGGACGAGAUAUCGUCAGCGAAAUCGAUCCAGUGACUCUAGGAUAUGCGGGAAUGCCGGAGCUCAUUCCAUCGACAUCAGGCGGAAUAAUGUCCGUUUCUACUGCGGCAAACUUCUUGGAAGUAGAGCCAAGCUACACCGCGGAGAUUAUCCGCGGCUUUGUCGAGCGGUUGAUUCGUAAGGACAAUAUCGACCGAGGCAAAGUUAUCGAGGCUCUCAAUGUCCUAUCUAAUCACAAACGUGAGCUAGAUAACCUAGGAGAGGCGAACGAAUUGCAGCAGAUCGCCGAGUUUGUGAAAGAGACUGAUUUUAUGCCAAUGCUAAUCUCACAACCACACUCCGCACCGAUAUUAAUAACCCUUCCUAGCACACCCCCUGGGCUUAAGAAUAUCGGUAACACAUGUUACUUGAACAGUCUCCUUCAGUACUUCUACAAUGUUAAACUAGUUCGGGAUCUAGUACUUAACUUUGACGAUGUCAAACUUGAGCUUGACGAGGAGAUUGUCGGACGACGUCGAACUGGUGGUAAUGGCACAAGUGUUAAUCUGGAAGAAGCUAUUGUUGCUAGGCAAUUUAUUGAGAUGCUGCAGGGGCUGUUCGCUGAUCUACAAACAACUACACAAGUCGCAGCUCACCCAUCGCAGAAACUUGCGAACAUAGCUCUUUCAUCGGCUAGGGAUAUUUUAGAGCAACAGCCGCAGAACAUCCCUCCUCCGUUGCCAGCGCGUCCAUCACCGGCGCCGCCUGCUAUUCCCGCGGCGAAGGACAACGAAGAAAACGGACUGGUGAAUGUUACUAUCGAGCCAGUUAAUGACAAACUCGAGCUGGCAAGUUCGCAAAGUUCGCAAACACUUGUUGAUGAGACCGAGGAUGUGGUCAUGUUGAACACCCAGUCGAAAACAUCGAACGAGAGCGCUCCUGUUUCUCAAUCUAACGACAUCGAGAUGGAGGACGCGACCGAAUCGUCGUCUCUUGAUACCAAGAUUGCGGAGGUAUCGCGUCGACUAGAACAUUCUGAUCGCUCAGGAACGUCCCAGCAAGAUGUUGGGGAAAUCAUCGGUAAUAUCUUGGAGCACUUUAUGCGUGCAAUACGUUCAGAUGGCCCAAUGCCUGGAAAACCCGAUCUGCAAGCUGACAAAAUCACGGAGACAUUCUUCACAACAAUUGUGAAUUACACUAUCAAGACUAAGAAGGGUUAUCCGACAAACAGCUCGGGCACUGGUCUUGAAGAGAAUUCUUUGAAUGUUGAGAUCGUACCCGAGCGAUGGAUCACUGCUUAUCCCGAGGAGGUGAAUGAGACCUUGGAGAGUACUAGCAGUAAUGCAGGUGGAGAGAAUAACGCGCGAUGCACACUAGUUGAGGCUUUAGAUCGAUAUUUCUCUUAUGAAACAAUCGACGACGGCAAUCGUGCACGUUACAGCAGUAUUCGAACACUGCCACCCAUCUUACACAUCUGUAUUCAGAGAAGCACUCCGAAGGGCAAAAACAAGAACCCUGUCGUCAUACCGGAAAUUCUGUAUCUUGAUCGUUACAUGGAGGCUGAGGAGGGAUUCCCCGUCUGGAUUGCUCGCAAAAGAACAUGGGCGCUUAAGGAACGCCUCAAAGAAGUUGCAACUAAGAUCCACCAGAGUAACCAGAAGAGCAAAGCCAACCAAAAUCCCGAAGGUUGGGCUAACGCAGGAUCUAUGGAUCCCGAAUUUAAGGAUUUUCGGACGGUGGAUGCCCAAGACCUGCAAAGCAUGACUAUGGCAGCAAUUGAGAAGUCGGUUGAUGACUCUCAUCUGGAUCAAUCGUUCCUGGAUGAUAUCGGCCUGCAGGCGAAGAACGAAUUGUCGAGCAUGCCCGAAUUUAUCGAAUCCUUAUUACCCAAAAUGCCUAAAGCCACGCCAGGCUCGCCAGGCGCGCCGGAUAACGAACCGCUCAGCGAUAAGUUAGGCGAUAUCCUCUGGGAUACCACUACACCCCUCGACGUGGGAACUGUAGAGGAAGUUCUCGAGUUACGUCAAAAGGAAGAGACUACUUUUGACACUAUGAAGAACGAGAAGUAUGCAAUCCAUGCCGUGAUUUGCCACCGCGGUGGUACGACGGCAGGGCAUUACUGGGUCUGGAUCCGCGAUUUUAAACGCAACGUCUGGUACCGCUACAACGACGAGACCGUCACAGAAGACAGCCGUGGUACGGAGGCUGUUCUGGAUGACUUGAAUCAGACUGGUGAUCCGUACUACGUGGCCUACGUCCGAGAUGAGAUGAAGGACGAUCUAGUCGACGUGCCCCAACGUCUUAAAUCCAAUGUCGCGGGUCCUUCGACUGCCGACCAUGAAGCUCCUGCAGUCCAGGAGGUAGAGACGAUUGAGGGCAUCAUACCAAUGCUCAGCUAA